AUGAAGCUCUUCUCCAUCUCUGCUCUUCUGGCGCUUUUGGCACCGGCAGUUCUCGCAGAAAAUCAACCCAUCAAAUCAUUCGUCGUUAGCUAUCCGGACAAUACCCCUGACUCCAUUGUCGACCAAGCUAUCGAGGCGAUCCAGAUGGCUGGUGGCUUCAUCACCCAUAGAUAUAACUUGAUGAAGGGAUUCGCUGCAACAGCUCCGGCACAGGCGAUGGAAGUAGUGUCGACCUUGGGACAGGAAUAUAAUGCUUAUGUCGAAGAAGAUUCCACUGUCAGCAUAAACAGCCAGAUCGUUAAAGUCGAACCUGGUUCCUAA